AUGGCGAGAACGAAUUUAUUGGCAAAAUUACGCCUAUUCCUAACCUUCUGGCUAGGAUACCAGACCGUGAAAGUUGUUACCUUCUUACACUUCUUAGGAAAAAGGCAUGGAUAUUAUGAUUCGAAAGUUGCGUUUGUCUUAGGAGUUCAAACGGUUGCUCCUCCGAUAGUUGUCAUAAAUGUCGUGACCUGGAUUGUGUUUUGGUUCGACAAGCAGCAAUCGAGAAUGCAAAAUUGGAGAACUCCCGAAAAAGAAUUAUUAUGGUGGUUGUGGACAACCG